AUGCCAGUUAGUCGAGAGAGAAGGAAACAGUUGCGGGAAGAGAAAAAAAAACGAAAAGCAAAUGUUCGUCCAGGGAAUGGAUUUAUGCAAUUUCGCAGAGUUGUGUCUAGUGCAGUUGCAGGAGAACAAACUGCAAUAAAUCAAAAUGAGCUAUCCAAGAUUUUGGGAGAUAUUUGGGCGUCGUUAAAACCGGAGGAGCGCAAUUCAUUCGAAUGGAGUCAAGAGCUUUUGCAAGCAUUGCAUACCAACACCGCUUCCAAUAAUAAUAGUCGUCCCCGCCAAACAUGGAUUGGAGGCAACUUUAUUUUAACAGAAUACCAAAAACCACCCAGUUAA